GCGGACCUGGGCUUGGGCAGGGGGUGUGGAGGCUGGGCCGCGCCCGCGAGGGAAACAGAAAUAUGGGCGCAAGGAUGGGCCGUCCCUACGGGGCACGGGGCCCUUGUCUGUCCUGGGCCCUCCCUGCGAAAGGGCUCACAUCCGGGAGGAGAGCGGAAGCGGGGGGCGGCCCUACUCCCGCCGCUGUGACGGCCCCGGGGACAGCCUUCCCCGCCCAUUGUGACGACCAGUGUGAAGGCCCCGGGACAGCCUCAGACAGUUCCCUGAAGUGAAAUCACAGUUUAAUUUUAAGGCCUUUGUAAAUCAUCGAAUUACCCGCCGUCCAGUGCACUUUUUCUUCUUCCAGCGGUGUAUGAAGGCAGGUGUCCCACUACUGGUGUUUCUGCAGAAAGCAGCAGGCAGAGCCCCAGCCUGGGUCCACAGAACGCCACAGAGAGGGCUACCCUGAUGGACACAUGCACAGGUGCCAGGAGCGCCCCCUCCCCACUGUGACACCGGAAGUGUUUUCAGAUGUGGCCACACGUACCUGCUUUGCUGCCAACCGCUUCUCUCUGCAUUCCAGGCCAUGAGGCCGUACCAGGGUGUCACCAGAGCCUGGGGGUCUGUCUCCCCUGACUCGUGAGACCAGGCAGACUGAGCUUUCCUAGCACAGGCACCGAGUGGCAGCCCGGCUUCCUGCGACGCUGCUUCGGUGGCUGAGCAAGGGGCUCAGAGCCCAGGGCUGAUGCCACGGCAAGCAACCUUAGAAGAAGGGAGGCGCCGUGGACAGGCUGUGCCAGGACUGUUACGGGGGCCUCCCCGGGCACUGCGGUUUCCAGACCCUUGUGGGAAUGAGGAAGCUGGAGAGAGGCCCAGAGGUUCCCCUCGGGGACCAGUUGUUUAUGAGGAAACUGGAGGGCAGAAUGGCCAUGAGGACAGUGUGUCUGGGUCAGAGAUCACCCUGAAUACAGCCUCCACGGCCGACAGGAGAGGCCACUGGAAAGGACGGCCUUACCGAUGCAGCACCUGCGACAGGAGCUUCAAAUGCUAUUCAGAUGUGGUGAAACACCAGAGCAUUCACUCUGGGGAGAAACCCUACGAGUGCAGCGACUGUGGGAAGGCCUUCAUCCACAGCUCCCACGUCGUCAGGCACCAGCGCAUUCACAAUGGGGAGAAGCCUUACAUUUGUAAGGAGUGUGGGAAAGCCUUCAGCCAGAGCUUCAACCUCAUUAGACACCAGAGGAUCCACACGGGAGAGAAGCCCUACGAAUGUGCUGAGUGUGGCAGGUCCUUCAGUCAGAGGUCAGAUGCCAUUAAGCACCAGAGAAUUCACACUGGCGAGCGGCUGUAUGAGUGCAGCGAGUGCGGGAAAACCUUCAUCCACAGCUCAAACGUUGUCCGGCACCAGAGAAUUCACCACGGAGAGAAUCCUUACGAAUGCAAAGAGUGUGGGAAAGCCUUCAGCCAGAGCUCCAACCUCAUUCAGCACCAGCGGGUCCACACUGGGGAGAAGCCCUACGCCUGCCAGGAGUGCGGGCGCGCCUUCAGCCGCAGCUCCUUCCUCAGCGAGCACCGGCGCAUCCACACCGGGGAGAAGCCCUACGAGUGCGGCGAGUGCGGCCGCGCCUUCAGGGCCCUGUCGGGCUUCUUCCGGCACCAGAGGAUCCACACUGGGGAGAAGCCUUUCCGCUGCGCCAGGUGUGGCAGGGCCUUCCGCCUGAGCUUUCAUCUUAUCCAGCACCAGCGAGUUCAUGGCACGGAGUGAGCCUGUUGGGGGGUGAACGUGGAGUGGAAAAUGGAGUAAAUAAGAUUGGAGUGUGGGUACAGCGCCCUUCACUUUUUGUCCACGCCCCCAGCUUUGUGUACUUCGCCCCACAGGAAGAGGGUAAAACUGCCUUGCUGGUCUCCAAGCCUGCCCGUGGAGGCCUGCAGUUUGUCGACCACCGCCUUGCCAGGAGCACUGGAAAGGAAAGAGGAGCCUCAGGGAAGGAGACGUGAUGGCGACGUGUGCCUCGGAAGUUAAGUUAUUUCAUUUUCACAGCACUGGGUUUUUUCCUGAAGUAUAAUUUACAUACAGUGGAACGCACAGAUCUUAAGUGUUUGGUUUUAUGAGUUUCAACGAGUACAAUGUGCUUUGACCUUUACGACCACCACACUCUCAAGAUGUAGACUAUUUCCAUCACCCCAGAAAGUCUCCUCAUGCCCCUUCAAGUCAGCCCCUCAUCCUGAGAGGCAGCCAGUGAUCUCGUUUCUGUCACUAUAGUUUUGCUUGUUCUAGAAUGUUAUAUAAAUAGUGAUAUAAUUUAUACUCUUCUGUCUUUUUCCCUUUGCUUAAUGUUUUUGGAUGUUUAUCCAUGUAUCAGUAGGUUUUGGGGGUUCUUUUG